AUGUGCAUCAUUCUAAAAGGUCGAGAUGCCCACGCAAUAAUACUUGUUGUGUCAACAAUCUCAAAAAAACCCAGCAGUUCAUCAGAGAUUUGGAAGACGCUUUCAAAGGGUUUAGUGAUGAUAAAUGAUAUAGUGGAUUCAAAAUUAUUAAGAAUAAAAAAACUUCUCGUGAACAAUAAUUACUCUUUGAAACAAAUUGAUCAAGUCAUAAAUAGAUUAACCAAAAAUAUCAUGAAAAUGCACAAAAUAUACAUCAAAAUAAUGCAAUUACCAACAACCAAUAAUUAUAACAAUGUUAUCACCAACAAUAUUGAUGAUUCAAACAACAAUCCUAUCAAUAGUGACAACCUUAACAACAUCAACAACACCAACAUCAACAAUAACAACAACAACAACAACAAUAGUGCCAACACUGUAGAUACCAAUGCUACAACCCACAGCGCAAAUAUCAGUUGCAAUUGGAACAUCAUCAAUAGUGACAACCCUAACAACAACAACAACAUCAGCAACAACAACAUCAACAAUAACAACAACAACAGUGCCAACACUGUAGAUACCAACGCCACAACCCACAGCGCAAAUAUCACUUGCAAAUGGAACAUCAUCACAAGAAGCAAGAAGAACCACAGCGAUGAUAAUAAUAAUAAUAACGUUAACAAUAAUAAUACUAAUAACGUUUUUAAAUAUUGUAAAAAUAAUAUUAAUAAUAUGUAG